UAAUGCAAAGUUGCCGUCUUGUGAUUGGAGGAGCGUAGGACCACUGAGCUCCAACCAAAGGGAGGCAGGUAAACUGGGAAGCAAUAAGCGGCUAGGUGAGUACACCCCCGAUGGAGGGUACUUUCACAAUGCAACAUCAUACGCGGUCGUUCGCAUCCUCGAUCCGCCACUGGGCCAAUGUCUCCACUUCGAAUCCUCCGCCCUCUCCUAACGGACUGUUCGAGGCCAUCUCGCUUUCUCUCUGCCCUCUUCCCCUCGUCUACAUAUAUCCUCCGAUUUCCCACCCUCCCAAAACCCUAAUUAUUCCUCCAUUUCUCUCUCCUCCUGCUCGCCUUCCCCUGUCCUUACUCAGCACCCCUUGCUCCCGCGAUGCCAGCCUCCGUCUCGCUCUCCCUCUCUCUCCCCCUUUCUCCUACUGCCAGAUCCGAUCCGUCGGUCGCCGCCUCCCCCUUCGGUGCCUUUCGCCGCUCCGGACUCCGCUUCUGCGGCCUCCGAAGGGAGGUAUUGUCCCUCCGCUCGUUGAAUUCGGAGGCCUCCGGGCGGAUCUCCCCGUAUCCCGCACGGGGGCUCUCCAAUAAGGUCUUGGCUGCGGCGAAGAGCAACGGGAGCCCCACCAAGGGCUUCGAUUAUGAUCUUGUCAUUAUUGGAGCGGGCGUCGGAGGUCAUGGUGCGGCGCUCCAUGCCGUUGAGAAGGGACUGAAAACUGCCAUUAUUGAAGGGGAUAUUGUUGGUGGUACUUGUGUAAAUAGAGGGUGUGUUCCAUCUAAAGCUCUUCUUGCUGUUAGUGGUCGCAUGCGUGAGCUUCAAGAUGAGCACCACUUGAAGGCGUUGGGCCUACAGGUUGCAUCUCCUGGAUAUGAUAGACAGAGUGUUGCAGAUCAUGCAAAUAAUCUUGCUUCUAAAAUCCGGAGCAAUUUGACUAAUUCAAUGAAAGCUUUAGGUGUUGACAUACUCACAGGAGUUGGCACUAUUGUGGGGACACAAAGGGUGAAAUAUGGAAAAGUUGGGUUCCCUGAUACAGAAGUUACAGCUAGGAACAUAAUAAUAGCAACUGGAUCUGUUCCAUUUGUACCCAAUGGCAUUGAAGUGGAUGGAAAAACUGUAUUUACUAGUGAUCAUGCACUCAAGCUGGAGUGGGUACCAGAUUGGAUAGCUAUUGUCGGAAGUGGUUAUAUUGGACUUGAAUUUAGUGAUGUGUACACCGCACUUGGUAGUGAGGUUACUUUUGUUGAAGCUCUGGAUCAACUUAUGCCUGGUUUUGAUCCUGAAAUAGCGAAGUUGGCUCAGAGAAUUCUCAUUAAUCCUAGGAAGAUUGAUCAUCAUACUGGUGUAUUUGCGAAGAAGAUCACACCAGCGAAGGAUAGAAAACCUGUUCUUAUCGAACUUAUUGAUGCCAAAACAAAGGAACCAAAAGAUACUCUUGAGGUAGAUGCAGCACUUAUAGCAACCGGAAGGGCACCAUUCACAAAGGGACUUGGCUUAGAAAAUAUAAAUGUAACUACAGUACGUGGUUUUGUCCCAGUUGAUGAGCACAUGCAAGUCAUGGAUGCCGAUGGAAAUCUGGUCCCUCAUAUAUAUUGCAUAGGAGAUGCCAAUGGAAAAUUGAUGCUUGCUCAUGCUGCUAGUGCACAAGGGAUAUCAGUUGUUGAGCAAAUAUCUGGGAACAAUAACGUGCUUAACCACUUAAGCAUUCCAGCUGCCUGUUUCACACAUCCUGAGAUCAGUAUGGUUGGACUUACGGAGCCUCAAGCAAGGGAGAAAAGUGAGAAGGAUGGAUUUGAAAUAAGGGUUGCUAAGACUAGUUUCAAGGCGAACACAAAGGCUCUAGCAGAGAAUGAGGGAGAGGGGCUCGCUAAGUUGAUAUACAGACCUGAUACUGGGGAAAUUCUUGGAGUUCAUAUUUUAGGGCUUCAUGCUGCAGACCUCAUCCAUGAAGCAUCAAAUGCUAUAGCCUUAGGAACACGUAUACAGGAUAUAAGGUUCGCUGUUCAUGCACAUCCAACCCUAUCUGAAGUUUUGGAUGAACUCUUCAAAUCUGCCAAGGUCAAUGUGGGUACUUCCCCUUCUGUAAGUGAACCAGUUGCAGUGUAAUCUGGAGGAAGCCUUCUCAAAUACAUUAGGCUACAUCAACAAGUUCACUCAUGGACAUUAAUUCGAGGAAUGCCCAGUGGAGGUGCUCCUGCAGAACUCAUGGAAGGAGAGCCUUUUUCUAGUUUUACAAUUUUAUUUUUAACUCCAAAUUUUGGGUCUUCCAGAUUUAUUUAUUAAUGGCAUGAUAAACUUGAUGUCCCCAGUCUAUUUAAUUGCUUCUUACAGACAAUAGGAGUUCCACUUCGUGAUCGGGAUGUUGUGCUGUGAUCAUCAAGUUCUGUGUUUGUCUA